AUGUGUGGUCUGGGAUACCAGCGAAGGACUAAUUCCUUCACUCGAUAUUUUGAUGCACAUACUUUGUUGGCAUCUAGUAGAGUGAGCAAUAAAGAUGACGCUAGAGUGCUAUUUUCGCAUGAUAAAUCGGUAAAUUCAGGCCAGGAAGCUCAGGAGCUUCCAGAAGUGCCCAUCACGAUAACAAAUGAACAACGCGAGUACGUAAUAAACAAGAAGUUGAUCAGAAAGGCUGCUAGAAUAUACAGGAAGAAGUUAAGUUUGAGCGACUUUCUCUUGGAUAUUUACAUUAACGAUGAUCAUUCCAUGCGCCUUCUUAACAAGGAGUCAUUCGGGAAGGACUAUUCGACGGACAUUAUCUCCAUCCGUGAUGGACUGAAGCACGCAAAGCUGGAAUACCACAAGAAUAGGACACCAUUCAAGAAUCCUUCGCACUACCACCUUGGAGAAGUGUUUAUAUGUCCAAGUUUGUUUGUUGAUGCCUGUAACAAGUGUUCCAUAGGCUACAUCCAGAACCAGAUUGAUGGCAUUGAUGAGAAGGAACUGGUUCAUGCUCCGCCCAGGGGAGGAGUUGCGGUGCGAAUGGAUAAGCUGCGUGACCUGAAUAUGAGAAUUUGCUUCCUCUUGGCGCACGGAAUUUUGCAUCUGCUUGGGUACGACCACCAAGUGGAUGAGGACUUUUUGGAAAUGGCCGAGAGGGAAGACGUGCUUUUAGACGAAUUUUUGUCUCGCUAUACACUCUAG